CGGAAGUCGCGCUCUGGAGCGGGGUCCCGGACCGCGGAGUCCGUCGCCGGCUUCCUAACUCUCACCCCCGGCGACGGAAAGGUGCAGUCAUGCAAGAAAGCAUCAGAUUUGCCUCAUCGGGGGAUGAUAUUAAAAUAUGGGACUCCUCCUCUAUGGCGAUGGUGGAGCAGUUCAAUCCUCAUUCGUCAUCCCUUGGAGUCAGCUCUUUGUGCUGGAGUAGCAAUAAUAAUUUUUUGGUGACUGCAUCUGCCAGUGGUGAUAAAAUAGUCAUUUCCAGUUGCAAGUGUAAACCAGUUCCACUUUUAGAGCUGGCGGAAGGGCAAAAGCAGACAUGUAUAAACUUAAACUCUACGUCUAUGUAUCUGGUUAGCGGAGGCCUUGAUAACACUGUUAAUAUUUGGGAUUUAAAAUCAAAGAGACUUCAUCGAUCCCUUAAGGAUCAUAAAAAUGAAGUAACUUGUGUAUCGUUUAAUUGGAAUGAUUGCUACAUUGCUUCUGGAUCUAUAAGUGGUGAAAUUAUUUUGCACAGCCUAACUACCAAUUUAUCCAGUACUCCCUUUGGUCAUGGUAAUGGCCAGUCUGUUCGUCAAUUGAAGUACUCCUUGUUUAAGAAAUCUCUCCUGGGCAGUGUGUCUGAUAAUGGAGUAGUAACUCUUUGGGAUGCAAAUAGUCAGAGUCCAUACCAUAACUUUGAAUGCAGCCACAAAGCUCCAGCCUCGGGAAUAUCUUUUUCUCCUGUCAAUGACAUGCUGCUUGUAACCAUAGGCCUGGAUAAAAGAAUCAUUCUCUAUGACACUGCAAGUAAGAUACAACUAAGAACUUUAGUGGCUGAGGCUCCCCUAACUGCAGUAGACUUCAUGCCUGAUGGAGCCACAUUGGCAAUUGGAUCUUCCCGUGGGAAAAUAUAUCAAUAUGACUUAAGGAUGUUGAAUUCUCCAGUAAAGACCGUCCUGGCUCACAAAACAUCUGUGCAGUGUAUAACAUUUCAGUGCUCUUCUGUUCUUUCUAAGUCAAGUUUAAAUAAAGGCUCUUCAAAUAAAUCUGCCUUAAACAAAAGAACGGGUAAAGUGAGCAGCACCCCAGUUCAAAAUCCUGGAAUUGUCAGAGAACCAGCUUCUCUAUCAGGUACUGCUGUUUUAUCUCAGCUCAUGACCACAGUUGAAGGGAAAGGAUCGGUGGCUGUUCCGGACAAAUCAGGCUUGCCUCGCAGCACAAAUCCAGAUGUCAUUCCCUCUAGAGAGACAGAACAUGGGAAAAAUUCCGAUCUCUCCGGCUUUGAGGAUUCUGGGGGGAGGAGUAGUUUAGGGGACCUCUUUUCACCAGUGAGAGAUGAUGCUGCUGUCUACAAGGCAAGUGAGGACUCUGUUGCCAGAGGAGAUGGCCUAGACUUUCUCCCACAGUUAAAUGCAGUGUUUCCAACAAGAAAACAACCAUCGAGUACAAACAUGCCAGGAUCACAUCAUAGCUCUCUUCAUGUCUCAAUGGAAUCCCCACUUACAGAAGAGAAUGAAAGUCAAGAUAUCGCAACUGAGAGUAAGAAGAUGCAGCCGGGAAAACAGGAAUCAAGGGAACCCUUAAAACAGCUUGCCAAGUUCAUCUCCUCUGGUGCUGAAUCUGGAAAUCUGAGUACCUCCUCAACCUCUAAUGCAACGAGAAGUCCUGAGAAAACAGAAAGGCCAGAGAGAGAAAUUCAAGGCCAUUUGACACACGAGUCCCCAAUCAGUGGAACUACCAUAGCUAAUCCAAAGAUAAUGUCCUCUGUUACUUCUGGAGUUGCCAAUUCGCUUUCAGAAAAAAUAGCAGAUACCAUUGGAAACAAUAUAUCACACAUACCGCUGACAUCUGUUCAAAUCCAUUUUAUCCAGAACAUGAUACAGGACACACUGGAUGACUUUAGGGAAGCAUGUCAUCGUGACAUUGUAAAUUUGCAAGUGGAGAUGAUUAAACAAUUCCAUAUGCAAUUGAAUGAAAUGCACUCCUUACUUGAAAGGUACUCAGUCAAUGAAAGUUUAGUAGCUGAAAUUGAGAGACUACGAGAAGAGAACAAAAAACUUCGGACCAAUUUUUAAAAGUUUUACUUGGAAACGUUGGUUUUGUCAUUUAGAAUGGCCUUGGCGGCACAGAAAUAUUGACUCAGUGUUGUUUUGUGAUUUCUGAAGAGUCGUGAGUUGUUUUUUUUUUAUACAAACUGUAGAUUAUCGAUCACCACUACAUCUCAACUGACUGCUCUUAAAAAUUGUAUUUUUGUGAUGAAACUGUAAAAAAUGCCUUUUGCAUAAUAGAAAUGUCCAUAGGAUGUUUAUUGUACUGAAACUUCAGUUGUAUACACUAAGUGCCUCUUUUCAUAAGAAAAAGAAAUUUGCAUAAAAUUAUAUUUUAUGUAGAUUUUUCACAGAUCUAUUUUUAAUUAACACAUUGCCUUCCAGUUUUUUUGUCAGCUCAAAUUUAUAAUUUUGGAAUGUCUUGUUUUUCUGAAAGUCAUUUUAAUAUGACAGUUGGAAUUUUUAAGUAAUUAGCUAAUAAAAUACAGGGUUGAUUAGCAAUUAUUUCAUUAUUAUGACAGAGCUAAACAUGAGCAUAUUUAUUAUUCAUUCUGUAUGUUUUGAAAAACUAAAAUUUUGGGAUUGCAUAUUGAAACUAUUGUGUUUGUUAUAAGAGUAUUAUACUUAAAAAAUAACCUACUAUUGGUUUUUAUAGGUCAAGUUACUUUGGUAAGUGAGCUAUUUGAGAUUUUUAUAAAAAUACUUUAUUACUUUCUUUAUUGGCAUCAUGUGAGUUAAUGUGCUGAGUUAUUUUGUGAAGGUUCAGUGAACAUGAUUAGACUUGUAAUCAGUGCAGACUUCAUGGUGAAUACUUAGAUGUUAUUUCAACAACAGCAGGCAAGAAUUUAUUAAACACUGAAUGUGUCCCGGGUACUGUGCUAGGUGGCAAGUGAUGCGAAAACCAAAAAGAAAUAACAGUCUUUACCUGUCCUCAAGGAGUUUACAUUCUACUGGAACAAUCUAAUUUACUCUAAGUAAAGAGGAGACAAACGCUGAAAAAUUCUCAAUAUAUUUUUGUACAAGAUAAAAUUUUAGUAAGACUAAGAACAGGUACCACAGUGUUUCUUAUCUAGAAAACACUGAAUCUAUUCAAAAGUUUAACAAAGUGUAGGUCUCUCAUUUUUCUGUUUGUUAUUUCCAUGAUUAUAUCCAAAUGGCCACUACAAUCAAAUGUAUGGUUUUCAAGUGAAUCUCACACACACACACACACACACACACACACACACACACACACAAAGGCACUUAAAGACCAUUCUUCAUUAAGCAGUUUCUGAAGAGCUAAGUGGUGACAAACAGCAUGGGAGGAAGUUAAGAGAAAAAUACAGUAUUAUUCAAAACUCACAACUUGUCAGAUAGCUGCUGAAAGUUGUUUUACAUUACUAUUGAAUACGUUUUAGAAAUAACUCAAAACCAUUUCGUUAAAUGCCCAAAUGAUUCAGGUUUUCAUUAAUAUAUAAUAAGUUACAUUUGAAGUAUAAUGAAAAGUACAAAUUAUAAAAUUAUAACAUUGGUAUUUAGAAAAACUUGAAUAACUAAAGUGAAAUCAUACCUAUAAUGAAUAUAUAAAUUUGCAGUAAAGUUUCCUAUAUUUUGCUCCAAAUAUAAAAGGGUUUGUAUUUUUAAAAUUAUUUUCUCUGUAUCAUUUUUUGGCAAUUCAUAUUUGUGUGUGUAGAGUUUUUGUUUUACUGGCUUUGCAGCAGAAAUCUUUGGCAGUUUUCAAUGCCAAAUAAAUGCAGAGACUUUAACAUAGGUACAGUGUAUUCCUAGGCGCUCAAGCUACAAUUUCAUCAGUGUAAAUGAGAUUUGUAAUUGCAUUGGCUUAGCUCUUUGUUCCAAAGAUUAUAAACUAUAUACCUGA